AAGUCAAUGUCUGAAGAAGAUAAAGACGAUGAAGAGGAUGUCAAUGGGAAAGAGGAUGAAGAAGAUGGCGAUGUCAAUGGGAAAGAGAAUGAAGAAGAUGGAGAUCUCAAUGGGAAAGAGAAUGAAGAAGAACCGGCCAAUAUGGAAGAUGAUGGAGUUCUUAAUGAGAAAGGGAACGAAGAGGAAGCUUGCGAAGAAGAAGCUCGCGAUAUGGAAGAAGAUGGCACUGCGCAAGAUGAUGAGAUUCCUAGUACAGAAGGAGUUGAGCUAGCAGGGGAGGAAGUUUAAAAAAAAAAAAAAAGAGGACCUACAAAGUUGCGUAGAGUGGCUGAAAAUCCCAAUGAUAAGAUUAUGGUCACAUUCAAUGACAUUGGUGAGCAUGUUGGACCUGGUUCAGUAACCCUAUCGUCGUUUCUUGGUCCUCUUGUGAGGGAACAUGUUCCGGUUACACUUGCCGAUUGGAGAAAACUUGAUGCAGCGACUAAAGCAACAAUGUGGGAAGAAAUUCAGGUUUGUAUAUAUAUUAGUAUGUUUUGUUUAACCGCAAGAUGAAAUUAUAAACAUGUUUAACUUGAUUAUUGUGAUGCAGGGGAGGUUUAACUUGCAAGAAGAGUGGCAGAAAGCUGUUAUUUUCAAGCAGCUGGGAAAUGUGUGGAGGGCUGGGAAGUCAAGGCUGGUGUCACAAGUACGUGUGGCGAAGACUGCAGCUGAGAGAAUAGCUUUAAAACCGAGCAACAUCCCAUCCCUUCAACUGUGGAACACUUGGGUUAAGAGUAAGACUACCAAAUCUUUCACAGUGAGUUAUCUACAACUAAGUAAGUUUCAUCCUUAAAGGUCAUGUCUGAUGGAUAUAAUCAAUGUCAUAUUUAUAUUGUAGGAAACGAGUAACAAGUACAGAGCGAUGAGAAGAAAUCAGAUUCCUCACACCACCAGCCGCAAAGGAAUGCUUCGUUUAGCUGAUGAUAUGGUAAAAGAGUAGUCAAACAUCUACAUAUUGUAGAUCAGCUUGUUAGAUUAAAAUGGUAGUGAGAUAUGUUUGUUUUCAUAUAGAAAAAAAAGAGUAAAGACCCAAGUAAGGUGAGUAGAUCCAAGGUUUGGAUUGCGGGACACACUCAUGCUGAUGGCAGACCUGUGAAGCCCCAGUUUGCUGAGACUAUUGUAAGCAUUAUGGAAGUUGUAUAUUGUGUAUAGUUAAUAGACUAUGGCAAUGAAUGAUUUUGUGUUUAAAUGAUUGUAUCAGGAACAAAUACAGUCACUUGACAGUCGGAUGGACUCCACAUCAGCUGCUGAUAACAUAAGGGAAGAUGCUGUGAGCAAGGUUUUGGGAAAAGACAAACCUGGACGAGUAAGGGGCUUUGGUAGAGGGAUUACAGCUAAUAAGCUAGCAUAUCUGCAAUUUAGAGACGCUAAGAUUGCAGAAAUGAAAAGUGAGAUUGAAGAGUUAAAGGGGAUGGUGCGAGAAUUAGCUGAGAAGAAGAAAAGUAAUGUUGAUGCUGAAACAUCUGAGAGUAGUGGUGGAUUCAAAGAAGGAGUCAGAGUACAAAUACUGGAUUGGAUUGAAUCAGAGGAUGUUGUUGUUGGUGAAGGAGAAUUCUGCUCUGCUGAACCGAAGUACAAAAUUGGUCGUAUACCAAUUGGUCCUAAUGCAGUGGCUAUCGUAGUUAAGUAUGCACUAAGCGCAUCAGCUUCACUCUGGAGGCCUACUACGGAUGUGUUAACUCUUGAUGAAGCUGUGGGAUACAAGAUAUCUUGGCCAAUGGAUAAAGUGAUUUUGGAUAAGGAUCCAAACUGUUCUGAAGAUUUAUCUAUGCAAAGCAAGGAAGGUGAAUAUCGAAGAUGCAAGAUAUAUGAUUGGACCAAUGAUGAGGACGAGGUCAUUGCUGAAGGUCUCGUGUGCUCUUCAAAAUCCAAAGACAUGGUUAACAACAUACCUCUGGGUCCCAAUGCUGUUAGUGUCGAAGUAGUGAAGGUGUUCAAUGAUCAAGCAUAUUUGUGGAGGCCAACCGCUGAUAUGUUCUUGAUUGGUGAUGCACUUAGCGAGAAAAUAGCAUGGCCAGUCCUAAAGGUUGAAGUCAUGCCUACACCUGCUACAGAAGUAACACCAACUAAAUGUGCAGGGAAGAAAAUAGCAUCACCUUCGAAGCCAGCCAAGAAAAAAGCAGUGAGUCCAGGCAGCACUAGUUCGACCAGAAGUCCGAAGCAGAAGUGCACUCUCUUGGAUUGCAACAACUCUGGACGUAAGGUAGCUGAAGGAAGGGUAGCUUCAACGGAUCCGAAUGAGUUGUGCCACUUUGUACCCCUAGGUCCAAAUGCAAGCAAGGUGUGGAUUGAUGUGGCUAAGAUCGGUGAUGCAAAAGUCUGGAGGCCAAAUUCAGAGAUUGAAUACAUAUCUGAUGCAAUGGGUUCGGUUGUGGCAUGGCCAAAUGACAAAAUCAAGUUUGUCUAAAAUUGUCGUCUGAAACAUUUUUCAAGUUGGUUCUCAUCGGCUAUGUAUUUCUAGUGUGUGAUCGAAUGUUUAGGUACUUUUUUACUCGGUUGAAAUCAUGUAUGAUAUUAUGUAACAGUUAGCAGACAAAAAAACAAAAAUUAUGUGUUAUAUUAUGAUAUAAGGUUAUGUGUGAAAAUGUUUAGCUUGUUAACCCCUAUACCCUUAAGUGCAUAAUUUUACAUUAAACCAUAAGCUUUAAAAAUUAAAUCCACAGACGGGAAGACCAAAAAUUAAAAUC